AUGGGUGGGAAAAACUCCAAAAAAGCUAUUGUCCUUUCAACAGCAGGUGCUAGUGCAAUUACAGCAGCUUCAUCGACAGCCAUGCUGCGAAGAGAGCGCAUGGCCGAAAAUUAUUUGGUCAUCUGGGUCGAUGGAAAUAUCGACAUGGCAAAUCAAGAUUGCCAAAAUACAAUGGAACAAUUACGUGCUGUCGUUAACCAAGUCAAGCCAUGUGAGACAGCUGAACAAUGUGUACAAAUGCUUAUGGAAAAUCAAGAGGAGAUCUCAUUUGUUAUCUCCUCAGGUGCACUUGGACAACAUUUAGUGCCGAGCAUUCAUGAUAUGGCAAAAUUAAAUGCCAUUUUUAUAUUUUGUGGCAAUAAACAACGGCACCAAGUCGAUCUUAAACUUACGUCAGAUGAUGACCCACAACUUCGUGAAUUAACUGACUACAUACGGCAAGAAGUCGACGGUACCGGAUGGUAUCGAAUGGGUCGAUUGUUACUCAAAAUAGGUCAAUUCGACAAGGCCGAAGAACUAUAUCUGGCACUACUGGAACAGGCAUCGGAUGAUAGUGAUAGAGCAUACAUCUAUCACCAGCUUGCAGUGAUGAAAUACAGCCAAGGACAAUAUGAAGAGGCAGUUGCAUUUUACGAACAAUCUCUGAAAAUCAAGCAGAAAACUCUUCCAGAAGAUCAUCUUUCUUUAGCUCCUUACUACAGCAACAUCGCCCUAGUGUAUAAUAGCAUGGGUGACUACCCGAAAGCACUUGAAUUUUACGAAAAAUCAAUUAAAAUAAAAGAAAAAGCUCUGCCUUCGAAUCAUCCUGAUUUGGCUACUUCAUACGGCAAGAUCGGUCAAGUGUAUAAUAACAGGGGUGACUACUCGAAAGCACUUGAAUUUUACGAAAAAACACUUAAAAUCUUGGAAAAAGCUCUGCCAUCGAAUCAUCCUGAUUUGGCUACUUCAUACGGCAACAUCGGUCAAGUGGAUCAUAACAUGGGUGACUACUCGAAAGCACUUGAGUUUUACGAAAAAUCACAUAAAAUCUACGAAAAAGCUCUGCCUUCGAAUCAUCCUCAUUUGGCUACUUCAUACGGCAACAUCGGUGGAGUGUAUAGCGACAUGGGUGACUACUCGAAAGCACUUGAAUUUUACGAAAAAUCAAUUGAAAUAAAAGAAAAAGCUCUGCCUUCGAAUCAUCCUGAUUUGGCUACUUCAUACAACAACAUUGGUCAAGUGUAUAAUAACAUGGGUGACUACUUGAAAGCACUUGAAUUUUACGAAAAAUCACUUGAAAUACGAAAAAAAGCUCUGCCUUCGAAUCAUCCUCAUUUGGCUACUUCCUACAUCAGCAUCGGUCAAGUGUAUAAUAACAUGGGUGACUACUCGAAAGCACUUGAAUUUUACGAAAAAUCACUUGAAAUACGAAAAAAAGCUCUGCCUUCGAAUCAUCCAGAUUUGGCUACUUCGUACGCUCACCUUGGGCUAUUGAAAGACAAAAUGGGAGAGUAUUCGAACGCACUUUCAUUUCUAGAAAAGACACUUGAGAUUCGACAAAAGUCUCUUCCAUCGACACAUCCUCUAAUUAAAAGGGCCAUAAAUAACAUUAACUAUGUAAAAAAGAAAAUGUAAUUUGUUUUUUUUCUGGAUUUGAUGAAUAAAUUUAUUUGCAUUACAAUUGAUUCUCGCGUAUGCGCGCGACCAGGAAGACUCCCUGUAAGCCCGCAAUGGGUACACGCAGAGCGGACCACGCCGGACUGGUAGGGCAUGAUCAUAGAUGUGACGUACGUAAACGGCGACAGGGACCUACGAACAGACGGCCUUCCCGAGUACUCCACUGGUUUCUCCAACAUAGGCACAAGAAAUCUUCCUGGGUCAGAUUACGAAGCCAUCUGACGGGCUGUGAUAUAAAAUAGUAUCUAUCUCCCUCUCUACAUAAUAACACAAGUAUGAAAGAAAAAAAUAACUUGAAAAGUUCUAGUGGCCAAUAGAACUUUUCAACUUAUUUAUAAAUUUUUUAUCCCAAUACGAAAAUAAAAAAAAAGAAACAACAUACCCUAUUUAAGAUUGGAAUAUAUAUACGUAUAAAUAUCAUAAUUAUGUUCAUAAUUGUAUCUUGCACCUCCUGAAAAAAAAAAUAAGAUUUAUGAGAAUACUUAUUCAAUCUAUUGUUGAUACAAUAGAUCGAUUGAAUUGAAUGAUUUUAUACAAGAAAAUCAUUCCUUAUAUAAGAUAUUUGAAAAACAUGAACUAUCAUUCAAUGAUAAUGAUUAAUAGAUAAUCAUCGACGAUCAAUUUAUCGUCAGUCGACGAUGAAUAUGUACUUAUUCUAUUUACAUUACAUUCACAGCCGUAACUCAGUGCCUAAAAAAAAAAAAAGAAAACAAAAACAAUUCAUUUCAAUGGUUAUUGUUUGAAUUUCCAUGUAGGAAAUUUCAUUCUUUACUUUGACAUCAUUUUCAUUGAAUAAUGAUGAUUAUUUUCGAAAACUAAGAUUUUUUCAUUACUUUCAUUAUACAAACGAUCAAAUAAUUUAUGUAAAUUUUUUUAGAGAAAAAUCGUUUUAAUCGAUGUCUGUUAUGCGAAAUUUAUCUUGUGUCACGAUUUAAAAUGAAUGAAUAUAUGGUUGAGUUUUUGAUGAAGUUCUAGAUCAAUUAAUUACUAAACAAAGAUUUAUUGUAAAACAUUUUCGUACAUAUAUUUGUUUUGAUGUAUCAAUUCUUUUCUAAUUCAUUUCAUGAGUAUUGUUCGGAAUCUCAUAUUUCAAAUCCAUAAACAAUUAUAACAUCAGCCUUCACUUGUUAUGAUACUGUAGUUAGUCAGUGGUCUUUUGACUUUCCUGUUUUCAGCAUCAUAGAUUUUUCUUAAUCAAACUAAAUGUAAUGAUUUAUCAGGUAUAGAUGGUAGUUCCAAAGAAAUAAAGAUUACUGUUAUUGCUGGUAAAAUUCGUCGUUGUAUAUAUAUUCAUUGUUUUACUUUUUUCUUUCAUCAGAUAUUUCUAAGAAAUAUUCUAUUAAUGGAGUAUCACCAUAGUUGUUUCGCCAUUUUCUAUUCUAAUGUUCUUAACUGGUUAUUCUAACUUUAAGGACUGAUAUAGAGAGUUUUUAGAACAUAUUUCUUUUAAAUAAGAAUCUUCAACUCAUAUUAAUAAAUUGUUUUGGUGUCUGACAAAGAUGUUAUAGUUGCUGUUGUCAUUGAUCUUUGUAUUUGUCUUUCUUGUUAUCAUCCGUAUUUCUAGAUAUGCCACGCAUUAGACCAUUAUUUUGCGAUUACGAUUUCUUAAAUUAUUUUUUCGUUGCAUAAAGGACAAGCCAGAAAUCUUGAUACGAUUUGAAUAUUAAAAUUUUCUUCGUGAAAUAAAUAUUUGUAAAAUUUGUCUUUAUGAUGAAAAGAUACAGUAAAACACACACACUACAAUAUAAUUUUUUAUUCACUUCACUAUUUCAUGUAGUGAGAAUUGAAAUAAGAAUGCAACGUAACUCGUUCGUAAAGUCUCAGAGAACAAAUUCGUUGUGUAAAAUUGAAAAUAUAUCAUGUUAAGAUUCUUUUUCUAAAUCAUAAAUAAAUAAGCCAUCUGAUAGGAUCAUCAAGCAAGAUCGAACUUAGUUAUGGUAACUUCUUCACUACCAUUAAAAAGCCAUAUUUUUACUUAGAUUUAAACAAUAAUUUCUUUGCUCAUAUCCCAUUCAAAAUUCAAUUUUUUUUUUAUUUUUAGAAAGUUUUAUCUCAACUGAUCAACUGAUA